AUGGACCAGUGGCAGGGCAGGAUCAGCUAUGCUUUCAGCUGGAUAGAGCCACCACCGAUGUUCUAUGAGGACGUGGAGAAAGGACAGUUACAUUCUUCUGGGUUUCUGUCCAUCAUCUUUACGAGGCUGCUGUGGUCACCUCUGCUCUCGGAGUUCUGUGAUGUCUCCCAAGAUGACAAGAAGAAGAAAGAUGCCAAAAAGUUGGCCAAGAAAGACAAAGACCCAGUGAACAAAUCCGGGGGCAAGGCCAAAAAGAAGUGGUCCAAAGGCAAAGUUCAGGACAAGCUCGGCAACCUGGUUCUGUUUGAUAAAGCUACCGACAACAAACUCUUUAAGGAAGUUCUCAACAAUAAACUUAAAAUGCCUGCUGUGGUCUCUGAGAGACUGAAGAUACAUGGGUCACUGGCCAGGGCAGCCUUUCAGGGUCUCCUUAGUAAAGGACUUACCAAGUUGAUUUCAAAGCACAGAGCCCAAGUUAUUUACACCAGAAACACCAAUGGUGGAGAUGCCCCUGCUGCUGAAGAAGAUGUAUGA